AUGGGAUCUUUCCCUCGAAAAUUUUGGUUCGGUUCACUACACAUAGCGGGAUUGCGACCGACAAUGACCCUAGCACAAAUUCUUAAAUGCGAUCCAUCCUCUGUUUCUUUUACUCCCUCUGGUCGAUUGGAAAUUUCAUCACCAGAAACCCUUCAGUCCUUGCAGACCGCCGUCCGCCAUCUCAAAUCCCGUCAUCCAGUUGUCUUCCCAACAGAAACUGUGUAUGGUCUUGGAGCUCUCGCACUAGAUCCAAUUGCUUCUUCUCUUAUCUUCUCUACGAAGGGCCGUCCGGCAGACAACCCUUUGAUAGUCCAUGUUUCGUCGAUGCAGAUGUUGCACCGUCUCAUUCCUAAUGAUUUUACAAUACCUCAUUCUUAUCGCGUUCUUAUGACGCGUUUUUGGCCCGGGGGGUUGACUCUACUCUUCCCAAGUAAUUCAUCCAUUGUGCCUUCUGUCAUCACCGCUCAACAACCUACUGUUGCCGUUCGAAUGCCCUCCCAUCUAAUUGCCAGAGCUUUGAUUACUCUCACCGACGCACCGAUUGCUGCGCCCAGUGCAAACUCCUCCGGAACACCUAGCCCCACCACCGCCGAACACGUCUUUUUAGACCUUGGCAGCAAACUCGGCUACAUACUCGAUGGUGGACCGUGUGCUGUAGGGGUAGAGAGUACUGUUAUCGAUGGCUUGAAUGAGGAUGGUAGUAUUCGUGUGCUGAGACCGGGUGGUGUCACCGUCGAGAACAUAGAGCGAGUGUUGAAAGAAGACCUUCCUGAUGACCAGCAUAUUCCACGAGUCCUGGUGCAUCGUCGCGACUAUAGCGAUGAAGUGCUCGAGGCUGCUCCGACAACACCAGGGAUGAAAUACAGACAUUACUCUCCCUCGGUUCCAGUGACUUUACUUAUGACCAUUUCUCCUCCUCCGACCGGAGUCAUUCCCCAGGACAUACAUUCCUACCUGACUACCUUAUCCUCGACACCCAAUACCCCAUCCCCCACCAGAGUUGGUGUUAUGUUUCUCACAGACUCGCCACUCGGGACGUAUCACCUGCCCCACUUGAAUAGUGUUGAGUGGCACCGCUACGAGCUAGGACCGAAGUCAGACCCUUCAAUCGCUGCGAGGAGAUUGUUCAAUGGUCUGUUGUCGUUAGAACGAGAAGGGGUUCACACAAUACUAAUUGAAGAAAUAGAGGAGGUGAAGGAGGGUUUGGCGGUGAUGAAUCGAGUACAAAAAGCCGCGACACAGUCGAGUUGGGUGUAUGUCUAA